AUGGAUUUUUGGAGGAUUACAUAUAUUUCACAGGAUAAAUAUGAUCCAUUAAGGGAAUUUUAUUAUAUUAAACGGGAUGAAAUAUUAGAAAAAUAUAUAGAUUUAUGGAAAGAAUUGAAAGGAGUUGUAUCAUUUCCUAUAAAAUAUUCUGAUGAUCUUUCAUCAUUUAAAUUAAUUACACUUCAUUGGUGUAGAGAGGAUAGUUGUUUGAUGCCACCAUUUGCUACAAUUCCAACAAAUGGGUUUUAUAUAAUGAUAUAUCCAUUAUAUAAUUCAAAAAUGGUAUUUUCUAUUCCAAAUUUUCUAAAGGAUCUAUGGGGAGACAGAAUUCCUUCAUGGGGAUCUUUUAUUGAUAAUAAAGCUGGAAAAUUAUAUUAUGACUCUACAGUUUCAUCUGGAUCCUUUUUAUUGGAUGCAAUUUGCAUGUUUAGUGGAUAUUUAUGUGAUCAAGGGGAUGUAGAACAGAUUGGUCAAAUUGAACUUUUUAUAUAUCCUUUAUCAAGAACAAUGAUUGCAAAAAUAGUAUGGAAAUUGCGUUUAAAAGGUUUAGAAUGGAAUAGAUAUUUAAAACUUUUGCAAAAUAGAUCUGCACAUGUAGAAAUUGGACUUCUUGAUCCUAUUUCUGAUGUUACUAAAAGGACUAAAUAUAUAUGGAGAAAGGCUAUUCUUGGACAACUUAAUAUAUUAGAGCCAUAUACUACUUUUUUUUCUAAUGACUUUCUUCAUAACUCUUUUAUUCACUCUGAAGUGACUUCUUCUACUGGUUUUCAUAAAAAAAUUAGGUCUAAAAUAACCAUUUCACAAUUACUCAAUGAUUCUUGUUCUUUAUACAUCCUUUAUUAUCUUCCAAAAUUCAUAUAUGUUGAUAAAUAUCAAUUAGAAAACUUGGCUCAGUUCAAUAUUGGUAAUCUUAAAAAGAUUCAUUUUAUACAUGGAGAAACGGAUCUAGAAGCUCCAUCUUGGCAAUUAAACAAAUGGGGAAGUCUAAUAUUGGUAGAGGCUUUGUUUUAUCAAAAUAUUUCUUUUUUUAUUGAUCUACCUAUUCAUCUUCGCUAUCAUCUUCCUAUGUUACACAAUUUUCACUCUUUUAACCUCUCUCUUCCAACCUCCUUCUUCUUCUGUCAUUCAGCAAAAGGUAUAUAUCCUUCUAAUUCACCUUUUUUAUCUAGUUGGCUACUAUUUCAUAAUUAUUUUUCAAAAAAUGGCUCAUUUUAUUUCUUAAAUCAUUCAAUUCAAAACUAUUCUACUUCUAUGACUAUUCAUACUCCUAUACUUUACUCAAAUCAUAUAUUAUUUGUUCAAAUUGCAACUUUUUUAGUCAUUUCAAUCUCUUUCUUUUACAUUUUCUUUAAAAUACUUAUUCAACUUCAUUUCCUCGGCAUAUUCAUACAUAAUUCAACUUAA